CAAAGCCCCAAGCAGCAAGCAACACAGCAAGAGCAACCGUAGUAGUUUCAGUCAUAAGCUCAAAGUUAUUUUAGCUAGCUGAUCAUGGCAUCAUCCCUCAAGGCACUGCUUGUUGAGGAUAUUAAGGUUGACAGCAUGGUUCUCUCCUUCAUGCUACGCAGAUUUCACUGUGAGGUCACCCUGGUUAAGAAUGGGAAAGAAGCUGUCGAUAUGUUCCUUGAGGGUAACAAGUUCGACAUUGUUCUGUGUGACAAGGACAUGCCCAUAAUGACCGGUCCUGAGGCAGUCAUGAAGAUCCGUGCUAUGGGAGCCACCGAUGUGAAGAUCAUCGGGGUGUCCGCUGAUGAUAACGCCAUGGAGGCGUUCAUGAGUGCCGGUGCUGAUGACUUUGUACCCAAACCAAUGACGCUUGAGGUCCUCGGGCCUAUGAUUCAGGAGGUCAUCGACAGGAAAACUAAUUAG